UAUAAAUAAACCCUUCAUUUCGAUGACAACAGCAAACACAAAAAUGGAAGAAAAAAGAGGAGAAGAAAAUCAUUCAAGUAAUUCUGCAACAUUUCGUUCCAAGGUGGAAAAAAUGCAGGGUAUCAUACAUGAGUACUCGGGAGGUGGUUGGGACAAAUGCUGGGAGCAACGAGUGACACCAUGGGAUUUGGGUCAGCUAACGCCUAUAGUGCUAGAACUUCUUGACAAGGAAACCCUUCCCAAAGGCAGAGUUCUAGUCCCUGGAUGUGGGUCUGGACACGACGUGAUUGCAAUUGCAAACCUUGAACGCUAUGUUGUAGGACUGGAUUUAUCGGAAAAUGCCUUGAAAAGAGCAAGAGAGAUAUCUUCGUCAUCACCAAAUGCAAAAUGUUUUGAGUUUAUAGAGGCGGACUUCUUCACUUGGUGUCCAACUGAGAAAUUUGAUCUCAUAUUUGAUUAUACGUUUUUCUGUGCGUUUGAACCUCGCAUGAGAGCAUCCUGGGGAAAACGAAUGGAUGAGCUGUUGAAACCAGAUGGGGAGCUCAUAACUCUAAUGUGGCCUACUGAUGAUCGCGAUGGAGGUCCACCUUAUAAAGUUUCUGUGGCCGAAUAUGAAGAAGUUUUGCAUCCCUGGGGAUUCAAGGCGACUUCUGCAAUAGAUAACGAGCUAGCUCACGUAGGACUACGAAGGGGUUGCGAGAAGCUUGGGAGAUGGAAGAGGUGUCUUUAAAGAAUUCAGAAAGAAAGCGAGUACCCCCUAUGGAUCUAGAGUAACAUUUCAUCUAUCUUGGCUCAUAAACAAGCGUUUCAGAGAGCGUGUGUGAGGUGUCACUUGAGUGUUGGAAUAAAAAAAUUAUUUUCUGCUUUUAGCUGUUACAGCAGAAUUGUUCAGUUUCAAUUUUGUUGUCUGUAACACCUCUUUUCUCCUCGUCUCAAUUCUGUCUUACUGCCUACAUAGGGCUCUUUUUAUGUAACCCUUUGUUAUCAAGAUUGUAAUAGAAUAAAAUCUUUUACUAUUUCUCAUCCAA